CUCACCUGGUCACUUCUUUUCACAAAGGUCACUGAAAUCAUGGCUGCUGUUUGGCUUCUGCUUGUUCUGGUGCAUGCAGUCUUGAUCAAAAGAGGCCUUUGUUUCCCAGCUGGUGCUACACAAGAUGAAUAUAGAGUUUGGCCUAAUAACGGCAGUGUACCAGGUCAACUGGCAACAAAUGCAGGCACCAGUCACCAGGGAGAGCAGACCUACAACAUGAGUAUGAGCCAGGUUCCUCAGAGUGCUGAGAGCGCUAACCCGAGCCAUCGGAACACCGUGAGCCAGAGCCAACGGACUGCAGAGAAUCUUAACCUGAGACAUCAGAACCCAGUAAGCCAACAAAGUGCCCAGAAUGUGAACCAGGUUUUCCAGAGUACUGAGAAUGUGAGCCAGAGCCAACAGCAUGACAAGACCGUUAAUCCGAGCCAUCAAAAUGCCGUAAGCCAACAUGUUAACACGAGCCAUCAGAACAGUGUUAGUCAAACCCAACAGAGUGCAGACAUUGACCUGAAUCAUCAGGACUCUGUGAGCCAGGUACCCCAGCGUUCCCAGAAUGUUAACCUGAGCCAGAGCCAACAGAGUACCCAGAUUGUUAACUCGAGUCGACAUGUCAACGUGAGCCAGGUUCCUCAGAGUGCUGAGAGCGUUAACCAGAGCCAGAGUGCCCAGAAUGUUAACCCGAACCCUCAGGACGCUGUGAACCAGGUUUCCCCAGAAUGUAAACCAAAGCCAACAGAGUACCCAGAAUAUUAACCCGAGCCAACAUGUCAACGUGAGCCAUCAGAAGACUGUGAGCCAGGUUCCUCAGAGUGCUGAAGGCUUUAACCCGAACCAUCAGGAUGCUGUGAACCAGGUUCCCCAGAAUGUUAACCAAAGCCAUCAGAACACUGUGAGCCAGAGCCAAGAGGGUGCCAAGACUGUUAACCCGAGCAAACUUGUCAAUGUGAGCAAUCAGAACGCUGUGAGCCAAAGCCCUCAGAGUGCAAACGACGUUACCCUGAACCAUCAGGAAGCUGUGAACCAGAAUGUUAAC